AUGUCGUUCGUCAGAAAACACGAGGAAAUAAAAUUCAACAGAUCCUCCAUAUCUCCUCUACCUCAGACACAACUCAAUCCUGCGUUGUGUCCACGAUAUAAUUUCCCCAAACCGGUUAUUGCUCCAGUUGCACCUGCUGUCGUCCCCCCUUAUCUUCAAAGUGUGAUCAAUGCUGGCAAGCAAUUCAGAAGUACAAUAUCUUCACAAUCUACACGUCGUUCUAGUCAAGGAUCUCCUCCUUCAGCAUCUCCUCCAGUGCCUCAAAAUAACAGAAACAACAAUAAUCAGAAUAAUCAGAAUGGAAAUGGAAACUCCACGCCUAACCGUAAUCAAAAUCAAAACCAGAACCAAAAUUCAAGAAAUCAACAAAAUAUGCAAGGACAACGAAAUUUCAAUCAGAACAACCAAUUACAAAACCAAAGAACGCAAUUUCGGAACAACCAGGCAAUGAGAAACCGGUUCAACUCUCAGCAGAGAGCAAAUAACAUCCAAAAUAAUUUGCAACAACGUCCUUUCCAACAAAAUCAAAACUUUCAACAAAGACCAUGGCAAGGGCAGCAACAGCAAUUUCAACAGCCAAGGUUUCAGCAAUCACAGUUCCAAAACCCAAGACCGUUUCAAAAUUUUAACGGUGGUCAGCAACAUUGGAAUGGAAGAUUCUGGGAGCCAGCUGGACGAGCAAUAGGGGAAGCAAUUCGGAAUCCCAUUCAAAACGCUGUCGGAAAUGGUUGGCAAAACGGUUGGGGACAAGGGAACGGAAAUGGGCAAGGAAACGGCAAUGGUGGAGGUGGCGGAUCACCUCAGCCUCCAUUUCAACCUGCUCCUGCACCAGCACCAGCCGUCCCUCAACCACUUCCUUGGACAGGUGGUAAUGGAGGAUUUGGUGGAAAUGGAGGAUUUAAUGGCGGUUGGGGAGGAGGUGGUUCUGGAGAGAAUAACAACAAUCAUGGAUUCAGUCUAUUUGGGAUUGGAUUCAAGAACCGUCAAAAAAGAGCAGAACCACCAACUAUUAUUGGAAAGCGUUUCACAAUCAACUGCAUGCAACGUGGAGAUUCUGAAGAUGAUAUGUUAGCAUUAUGCGGUUGGGGAGAAUGCGUUCAACAAUAUCGGAACGUAGAUGUUCUACGUCGAGACAACGGCCGUUGGGUACCAACUGUAAUUACAACUUCAACUUGUUGUGAUUGUCGAGUUCGUGCGGGUACUGAAAUACAUUCGCUUGUAAUUGGUGAUAAGCAUUGA